UGCAUUUUUCUCAUAUGUAGGACAUUCGUAUAGCGUCAUCAUAUCGAUUCUUAAAACAAACAAUUGAACUGCGCAUGUUAUGUUACAAGAUACGGUUAGUUGAUAUCAGGUAGGAUUCGCAGAUGGUGUAAUCACUCAAUUUGUCCCCCGAAGAAGCAACUUAUCCUUCAUUUUCUGGUUUAUAAGAGUUUGAUCGAACCGACCACCGCCAUGACGUGGGGUACUAACUCCGGCCAGAAGCAGCACGUCAACAAUGUCGCCUGUCAGGCAGCUGACUCGCAGAAUGAGUUCGGCAAGACGAAACCGAACCCGCCACAGGUUAAGAUAUUCGCUUCUACAAAGGCGUACGUCAGCGCAGUGCUGAUGCUUGUGUGUGGUCUCUUCAUCAUCGUUGCCAGCAUUGCUUGCUUCUGGAUAUCGUACGGGUUGCCAUACCACGGCCUCCCGCACUAUGUCCACAUGUGCCGCAUUUUUGGCGUGUGUGCUGGGGUCCUCUUCAGCAUCGCUGGUAUCUGCGCAUUGAUGGCCAACAGCAAGCCGAGCAAGCCAAGGCUCUUCUUUGCCGCCGUGUUCUCCCUCCUGGCCGCCAUCGUCGCCCUCCUGAUCAUCAUUGGUAUAUCUCUCUUUAUCUUCGAUGGUGUCAAGCACUACAGAGAGAUGAGGCGAGGUAGAGAUGACCCCAAGAGGUUUGGCGGCUUAAGGCAGCCUUAUCCAGAGCAUCAUAACCAUGGAGAUCACGACAAGGGGAAGAUGCGAUCAUAUUAUCCUUAUCCUACGCCAACACCGGCUGGGUGGGAUCGGCCAAAAAGUCGUCCUUACUAUUGGCAGACGAGACGCCCAUGGUAUCUAGGCACGAGACGCCCAUGGCUUCGUCGGCCAACACCACCACCUAACUACAUGAACCCGUGGGAUCGGACAACAAGACGUCCGUGGUGGCCUACCAAACGCCCUUGGUCGGAUUGGACAACCAGACGCCCUUGGUCGGAUUGGACAACCAGACGCCCUUGGUCGGAUUGGACAACCAGACGCCCUUGGUCGAAUUGGACAACCAGAAACCCAUGGCCACAACCAAAACCGUCUGGACGCCCUGAGCCGACCGGAUACCCUUGGUAUGAUUGGACAACUAGGAGUCCCAGGUACGACUGGACAACAAGACGCCCAUGGGAUGACUCGACAACACGACGCCCUCGGACCGACUGGACAACCAGACGCCCUUGGUCGGAUUGGACAACCAGACGCCCUUGGUAUUGGGCGACAACCAGAAACCCAUGGCCACAACCAAAACCAUCUGGACGCCCUGAGCCGACCGGAUACCCUUGGUAUGAUUGGACAACUAGGAGUCCCUGGUACGACUGGACAACAAGACGCCCAUGGGACGACUCAACAACGAAACGACGCCCAUGGUACGACUGGGCAACGACAAGACGCCCUUGGUACGACUGGACAACAAGACGCCCAUGGUACGACUGGACAACAAGACGCCCUUGGUACGACUGGACAACAAGACGCCCAUGGUACGACUGGACAACAAGACGCCCAUGGUACGACUGGACAACAAGACGCCCAUGGUACGACUGGACAACAAGACGCCCAUGGUACGACUGGACAACCAGACAGCCAUGGCCAGAACAACCAACUCCUGCGGGAUGGGGGCGGCAUGAGGGCGGCAUGGGCUGGAAACGGAUGCUGUUGUUCAUCGGUGGCAUUGCUGUGGUGAUCACGGUGUUGACUGAGUUGGUCAAUGCCGUCAUCCUCACCAUCUUUGGGUUCAGGUCUCUAAGGCCUCACAAGUACACCAGGCUGCGUGUUGCUGUGAUCGUUCCAUCUGAUAAGGAGAAUAUUUUGGCUGAUGUGGACGAUCUUCCUGUAGUUUAGGGUAAUCUGAAUGACUAUUAGGGACGAUUUGGGCAUGAGAUAUGUUGGUUUUUCCUACGAAAACAGCUUACAGCAGGACCGUCGCUCAUCCAAACAGGAUAAUUAAAAAAUCAGUAAAACUGUCAGAGUUAGUGCACUAAAACAGACCAAUGUAACGGUAGCCCAACUUCGAAUACACAAACCAUGUCCAAAGCCGCCUCGUAACACUUGCAAGAACCAAUACUAGAGAUCUGCAUUAGUGUGACAGUACAAUGUGGCUGCGCAUGGUGGUGAGCAAGGGUAUUAUCCUCCUGUAUCUCACGCCGAGUUGUUCCUUUUAGACCAUUAAAAUAAUUGUAUCAAAUCAUAAGUAACCAAGAGGAAAAUAUUGGUUACUGGUAUUUAGUAAAGCCUUGUAGAUUCAUAUUUCAGGUGCCGUGUAGAUUCAUAUUACUGUCGAACCUCUCUUAGCUGACACCUCUCUACUAAGGACACCUUAUAUUCAUUUGGUAAUUGCCAUAAACAAAUUACAUGUACAUGAUAAAAAUUUGAUAAGGACACUGGUUUUGGUCCCAAGCCUGUCAUUUUCCUUCAAAUUGACCACUGUAAUCAGGAUACCUCUCUAAUAAGGACAGUAUAUGUCAGUCCCAAGGGUGGCCUUGAUAGAGAGGUUCUACUGUAUAUUCAUUUCGUAAUUGCCAUAAACAAAUUACAUGUACAUGAUAAAAAUUUGAUAAUUGAAACUACAUGUAAUUACACAAAAAUAAUUUGAUAAUUGCGACACAAAAUACUUGAAGCCGUCGAACAAAUUUGUGAUGCCACGCAGUUGCCUUAAAAUAAAUUGUACUAUUAUCAUAAAGAA